CGUCGCAGUCGUUUUUGGAUUCCUACAUCGAGCACAUCCCUCUAGUAUAGGCGAUCGAAUUGCGACAACAACGGAGAAAGUAGCAAUUUUCGACAGUUACCCAAAGAGAAGUUCAAACUGAAAUAGAGAAAGCAUAUAAAACUGACCAGCUAGGGAGAAGCACGAUUUAUUCUUUGCACUUUGUCCUGCUUGAACGGUUAUCGAUAGCCGGAAAAUUGGGACACUAAGAAAUGAACGCCAGAUGGACGCUCCUGCUCUACGGAGCACUGAUGCUUCUCGGUGCCGUUUGUGGCGACGGUGGCGGACAUCCAUCGAUGAGUGACUCCGAAAAGCGUCGAGUUCUUCGGAGUAUGCUGGAAGCGCAGAAAGACAUCCGGAAGGCCCUCUUCAAAAUCCGCAGUCAAAUUGAGGGCGAUAUAAACUCAACCGGUCAUCACGGGGGUCCCGUUCCGGACGAUUCGGAUGAGGAUGAUAUCGACGACAUGAUGGGCGGCGGAGAGAUGUCCAGCGAGGAGGAGGAUGAGUUCUCCAAGGAGCGGCAGAAGAAAAUCCGCGAAGCCAGAGAGCAACUGGAGAAAUGCGUCAAGCAGAUUGGGCAGUCGCUCAUCGCCAUCAAGAAGUACAUCGAACGGAUCGACAAAAAGGUCGACGAAGCAAUUCGGGCGUCCCGUGAGAAACAUUACACAGCAACCUACCAUUUUAACCAUAAACCAAGUGGACCAUAUCCUCCUCACCAUGCCGGGAGCAGCGAAGGACCAACUGCACCGAUAGUGCAUCAAACAGUGGUGGCAGUCCCGCAAGCCGACAUCCCUGCAUCGUACAGCAUCGGAUACUAUAAAAACAAUUUUGGAGUUUUCAAAGCAGAAGCAUCAACAACAGAACAAACUGUGACAGAAGAUGAACCAUUUAGACCUAUGGUGGCACCCAAGAGAAACAAGAAACCCGGUCGUAAGCAUCGCAACGACCGAUCGUUGGGAGAAACCGUCCCCACGGUGGUUUCGGACCAGUUGAGUAGUCCGGACAUUCCAAGCGUCGCUGGGUACGAUGGACCCGUUCAACAGGUGGUAGAAUAUCAGUUAAAUCAACAGCAGAUUGAACAGUAAAGAACUU